AUGAAGUCAGCAUUACAUCAAUUGCCCAGGCAGCAACACAGGCUAAUUUUGCCUGAGGGCUUGCCCAGGUUGGUGGGCCCCAUGCCUUGCCCAGACUUGCCUUUACGUGUUGGAGUCGUCUUGUGGGCUAGACCCUGUCCUCCCAAGGCAAAAAGCCUUCCGCUGAAAUGCCCUAAGGGAAGUCCGAAAAAAUUCACUAGUGUAGUGAUUUGA